AUGGAAACGGCUGUGGAACUUGAGCGGUGUAUUCUGCGCGCCGUCACGGCAGAAGGCUACCAGAGUGUGCUAAAGUUAAGUGGUCGAACCAAUGGCGAGUCGUCAGACUCCCUGCUGCGUGCGAUUGUGCAACACUCUGCGGAAGUACGGUUGGGGCAGACGAUCCCUCCAGGCGGUAACUGCCCAGCGGAACUGAGCGUCAUUGAUUUAAUCCCGGUGACAGCCGGCAGAUUGACUGACGCCACAACGCUUAUCGUUCUGCCGCCGGCCGCUGAAUUCGAGGCUUCAUUGGUUGUCGACACACCAAAUGUGGCGGAUGACAGCUGUGAAGCCUGCAUUGAUGAGGACGACACGUGUAUAGUAUUGCUGGACCACACCCUCAGCGGCACUACCGCUCUGGCAUCGCGCGGCUUCUUGCUUCAGACGCUUCUGAUGGAUGGCGGGUUGGUGUGCGUCGGAGACGAGGAGUAUAGCACAGCCUUUGUUAUUGCAGAGGAUGGGCAGGAGUGCGACGAUGCUGCAGCGGUCACAUGCACACUGCGGACGCCGCCUGAUGUCUUCCGCAACAUCCGGGCCUGCAUGUUUCUGGAUGCGUUGCCGUCCGUCGCCGCGGCGCGGCUGCGCUGCUCAGAAUGCCGGCUGCGUGUUUCGCUCUCGGCGUUUCGCGGUGUGCUGGACGCGACGGACACUUCCAGCGAUAUUCAGCUCAGCAGUGUCGUUGUUGUGCCGGCCUGGCCUACUUUUAUGUUGUCCGCGUUAUUUGGUGACACGUACGAGCAGUUCGUGACCCUCGCGCUGCAUGCCUCCAGGAAGGAGCUCCACGGGCGGAUUAUUGCCGAGGGGGACAUCGUUGUGCUUCGCGUCACACCACGACUCUUCGUUGAGCAGCAGUCGGUGUGCACCGACGCCGUUGAGGCGGUGCUGUCGCGUGUCGCGCAUUUUGUGCAGGAUGGCCAGGCUGCAACAUCGACAGCGGGGGCGUUGCUACACAAAGGUGCAAUCGCCAUUCCGCUCCGUGUAACGGAAGUCACAACGUCAUCUGGCAAGUCGUACGGGCGGCUGCAGCUGGGAGGCGACGGCAACGGUGGUACGGAGUUGCUGAUGUCCCUUCGGAGUGGCGUUCCGUGCGCAGACACCACGCCACUUUUUCCACCGCCGCGCCCAUUACGGACGUUCUACGCGAAGCUAUCUCUUACGACAAGCAUCCGUGAUGCGAUGGGCUCGUGGUACACUCCGUCACAGCAUGUGGGGAGCCAUGUUUUUGUGGUGCAUGCAGUCAAGGAGAACUUUCCAUACGAAUGUAUUGCAACUGCGCUUGCAGAGAAUGGUGUAGAGGCUCUCAUCGCCGACCUCAGCCGCUGGGGCGACGAGGAGGUACGGGAACUGAUGAUGGAGUACAUGAAGAGUGCGGGUGGGGUGUCGCUCAUCAUUAAGAAUGCCCAGCAGCUUCCGGAUCGUCCGCAGGUGCUGCGACUGUUCGACACGAACGAUGUGGGCGAAGGCGAAUGUACUGGUGUUCGUGUUAUUUUUCUUGUCUGCGAGUGCGUGGAGUCGCCGCCGCCGACGGUGGCCGCGAGAGCCCGAAACGUGGGGGGCGUGCUAAAAGGCACCAAUCCGUCUGACGAGGACCGUCUCCUCAUAGUGUCGAGCCUCUUCGAGGAGGCACAGCAAUCGCUGGGACUCGGUAAAAGUCUGCUCCUAUCCUUCGAGGCUAUGGCGUCGUGGACCGUCGGCUUGAGCGUGGCUGAUGUUGUGGCGUACAUGCAGGAGUGUGUGUCGCUCUUGUCGACGAUGCGUGUGCCCGAUGACGUUCGCCCUGUCCUCUCAGAGUCACUGUGCGCUGACGUCCUGCAAAAGUUCCAGAAGGCUCACGGGCACAACCUCGUGUCGACGAAGUUGCAGCCGGUGCGGUGGAGCGACGUGGGCGGGCUGGAGGAGGCGAAGCGUGAGCNCCCCGACCUCUUCCGCAGCGGCACGAAGCGGCGAGCCGGCAUUCUCUUCUACGGGCCGCCUGGCUGCGGCAAGACGCUGCUCGCCAAGGCGGUGGCGACGGAGAUGAACAUGAACUUCAUGGCGGUGAAGGGGCCGGAGCUGAUUAACCAAUAUGUUGGCGAGAGCGAAAAGAACAUAAGGUUGCUCUUUCAGCGCGCGCGUGACAAUUCGCCGUGCAUCAUCUUCUUCGACGAGCUCGACGCCCUGGCGCCGGCGCGCGGCGCGAAGGGUGACGCCGGCGGUGCGAUGGACCGCGUUGUGGCGCAGCUGCUCGUCGAGGUGGACGGCGUCGGCCACACGCGCAGCGACGGAAGCGCCGCCGGACAAGUCUUUAUUAUUGGUGCCACGAACCGGCCUGACCUUCUCGACCCCUCGCUGCUGCGGCCUGGCCGCUUCGACCGGCUCUGCUACUUGGGCAUCCCCGGCACCCGUGACGAGCAGCUGGUCGCGCUGCGCGCCCUGACGCGGAAGUUCGAGCUCGCCGACGACGUUGACUUCGAGGCGCUCCUUGAGCCCAUGGCGCCUGUGUACACCGGCGCCGACCUCUUCGCACUGUGCUCUGAUGCGAUGAUGUUUGCGGUGGAGGCGAUGCUCGAGAGCGCCAUGGCAGUUGGUGCGGCGGCGCCGGGUGCGCAGCAGCAGGACGGCAGCGAAUCGCCGCGGCUCAUCGUACGAAUGGGCGACUUCCUGCGUGCGCGUGCCCAACUGAAGCCGUCUGUGACACCCGACGACCUCCGGCGGUAUGAGGCCAUGCGGACGAAGUUCACCACGUCUUAG